UAUAACAACAGAUGUCAUGUUUCAUUGAGAAUUCGAUAUACAAAUGAAUACUGAAUCGUUUGAUCGAUGUUAAAUCUGAGUUUUCAGCAAAAGAUGGAGAAUGAGACAGAAUUGAGAGUUGUUCAAGAGGAAGAACAGCAACGUGAAGGAGAAGAAGAGGAAGAAGCACAGCCACAAAACCAACCUACCUUACGACGCCGUUUUGUGUACUCUCUCUACGUUGGAUAUUUUCUUGCCAGAUGGAGUGCCAGAACAUGGGAAUUCUCUGUUGCUUUGUAUAUGAUCCACUUGUGGCCAAACUCUCUGCUUCUUGCGGCUAUUUAUGGAGCAAUAGAAUCUGGUUCUACUGCAAUCUUUGGUCCAUUUGUGGGGCAAUGGGUCGAAGGAAUGGACUACGUUAAAGUUCUAAGACUCUGGCUCCUUUUCCAGAACCUCUCCUACACCAUUGCUGGUGGUGCAGUCGUCAAGUUGUUGCUAGUUUCUGAUCUCAAGUCUCAGAAUUUCCUGGUGUUUGCAAUCUUGGUUGUGUUAACGAAUGUUGCUGGCGCCAUUGGAGUGCUUUCAACUCUUGCUGGCACCAUUUUGAUAGAACGAGACUGGGCUGUGGUUAUGUCGGAAGGUCAUCCACCAGCUGUACUGACAAGAUUGAACUCUGUCAUUAGAGGCAUUGAUUUGAGCUCAAAGCUACUGUCUCCAGUCAUUACCGGUUUGAUCAUCAGUUUUGUCUCUCUUAAGGCGUCAGCGAUCAAUUUUGCAGCUUGGGCUACUAUAACCGCUUGGCUUGAAUAUUGGCUCUUCAUUUCUGUGUAUAGUGGUGUUCCUGCAAUAGCAAGAAGCAAUGAGAGACGGAUCUUGCGUUCCCGGACAGAUCCAGUAGAAGAAACUGAUACACCUGUUGCUAUAUCUACUGUUCUGAGAACAGAGGAGGGCUCUCAAUGCCCCCCACAAUGUAGAACCGGGAUCCUGAAGAUUGUGGAUAGAAUAUCUAACUCCUCUUUUGUUGGUGCUUGGAGAAUAUAUUUCAGUCAAGAAGUUGUACUUCCCGGAGUUUCUCUAGCACUCUUGUUCUUCACCGUCCUCAGCUUUGGAACAUUGAUGACGGCUACAUUGCAGUGGGAAGGGAUACCUACAUAUAUCAUCGGUAUAGGCAGGGGAAUAAGUGCAAUGGUUGGACUAGCGGCUACAUUCAUGUAUCCUCUAAUGCAAUCACGCCUUUCGACGCUGAGAACCGGUCUCUGGUCCUUCUGGUCGCAGUGGAGUUGUCUUUUGGUCUGCGUUGGAUCGAUUUGGGUUAAAAAGGAUAAAAUAGCAUCUUACAUGCUAAUGGCUGGAGUUGCUGCUUCAAGGCUUGGCUUGUGGAUGUUUGAUCUUGCUGUCAUCCAACAAAUGCAGGAUCUCGUUUCAGAAUCAGACCGUUGUGUGGUUGGAGGUGUUCAGAACUCAUUGCAGUCGGCUCUUGACUUGAUGGCCUAUCUAUUGGGUAUCGUUGUCUCCAAUCCAAAGGAUUUCUGGAUAUUGACGUUGAUCUCGUUCUCUACGGUCACGUUAGCAGGAAUGCUCUAUACAAUACAUCUCUACCGCAUUAGAAACCACAUUUUUCACUUUGAAAAGAUUCCUUUGUUGAACAAAUGUUUAUUCAAGUUACUCCCUUCUCGUGGAAACAUGUGAUUAAUGUUGUCAUGUUGUGGAAUGAGCCACCAUUUUUCCAAA